GUGGAACAAAACGACAAUUCAUGGUGGAAUGUAGAGACAGGAAGAGCCUGAUUGUAGGGGAGGAAGUGACAUGGAGACAGGAAGUGAUGUAAGGGUCUGAACAGGAAGUGAUGUAUCUGGACAGGAAGUUCCUGGUGAGAGAAGUGAGUUGUGAGGUAAUAAAGAGAAGACGUUGGAGCUGGAAGCAGAGGAGAGAUCAGAGUCUUGUGUGGAUCACAUGAUCUCCUCAAUGAGGAUGGAGGAGGAACCGAGUCACAUGACUGAGAGGAUAUUAGACCUCACCCUGGAGAUCAUCUACCUGGUGACCGGAGAGAAAUAUGCUGCAGUGAAGAUAACGUGUAUUGAAGGUCUUAUACAUGGGAUGUAUCCAGCGAUGUCAGAACGAUGGGGUCGAAGCCAGAACUCCAUUGCUGUACCUCCACCUCACUCCUCAAUUCUUGAGAGAAACAACAUGCAGAAGAUUCAAGAAAUCACCAACAAGAUCACUGAUCUGCUGACAGGAGAGGUUCCUAUAAGGUGUCAGGAUGUCACAGGGAAUAUCUCCAAGGAGAACAAAUACUUGGAAGUGCAGAAAGAUCUCUACAAGGACGUCAUGAUGGAGAAUCAGCCGCCCCUCACAUCACCGGAUGGAUCCAGUAAUGGGAACCCACCAGAGAGAUCUCACCGCCCUCUGUAUUCCACACAGGAAGUUCAAACCAUCCCCCACCAUCAUCAGGGUGAAGAACAGAUUAAUAUAAAAGUUGAGGUUAAAGAGGAAGAAGAAGAGUCGUAUGUGGGGGGUGAUCAGCCGUCCAUGGAGGAGGUUGGAAUGAUUAUGAAGAGUGAACAGGAUGACAUUUCUCACUUUAGCAACACAAAUGGAUGUAAUGUGAGGAAUUCCUCGGAGAGACAUCUUCUAUUAUCUGCUGAUUGUAAGUCAGAAGAUAUUGUCAUCACACAGGAUCCUCCAGGAGGAAAUCCAAAUACACAAAAUAUACAUCACAGACCUUCCUGUCCGGAGACAUCAAUGGAUCCCUCUGAUCAGGGGGAAUCUUCUCAUCAAUCACAUACUAUGAUUGUAAAUAUCCAUGUAAGAUCUCACACUGCAGAUAGAUCAACAGAUCCUUCCAAUCCCGAGGAAUCUUCCUCACCCCAUGAAGGAGAUCACCGAGGUGACCAUCUAUUCUCAUGUUCAGUGUGCGGGAAAUCUUUCACUCGAAAAGGAAAACUUAUUCAGCAUCAAAGAGUUCACACGGGUGAGCGUCCUUAUUUAUGUGUAGAGUGUGGAAUAUCUUUCACUCUGAAAGGAAACCUUGUGAAACACCAGAGAAUUCACACGGGUGAGCGUCCUUAUUCAUGUUCAGAGUGCGGGAAAUCUUUUAUUCAAAAAGAAGCCCUUGUUAAACACCAGACAAGUCACAGGAGUGAGCGUCCUUAUUCAUGUUCAGAGUGCGGGAAAUCAUUCACUCUGAAAGGAAACCUUGUGAAACACCAGAAAAUUCACACGGGUGAGCGUCCUUAUUCAUGUUCAGAGUGCGGCAAAUCUUUUAUUCAAAAAGUAGCCCUUGUUGAACACCAGUCAGGUCACACAGGUGAGCGUCCUUAUUCAUGUUUAGAGUGCGGGAAAUCUUUUACUCGGAAAGGAAAACUUAUUCAGCAUCAAAGAAUUCACACGGGUGAGCGUCCUUAUUUAUGUGUAGAGUGUGGAAUAUCUUUCACUCUGAAAGGAAACCUUGUGAAACACCAGAGAAUUCACACGGGUGAGCGUCCUUAUUCAUGUUCAGAGUGCGGGAAAUCUUUUACUCAAAAAGUAGUCCUUGUUAAACACCAGACAAGUCACAGGAGUAAGCGUCCUUAUUCAUGUUUAGAGUGCGGAAAAUCUUUCAAUCAGACAGGAGAUUUUGUUAGACACCAGAUAAGUCACAUGGGUAAGCAUCCUUAUUCAUGUGUAGAGUGUGGAAAAUCUUUCACUCUGAAAGGAAACCUUGUGAGACACCAGAGAAGCCACACGGGUAAGAAUCCUUAUUCUAGUUCAUAGUGUGGAAAAUCUUACAACAAGAAAGAUUAUCUUGUUAAACACCAGAGAAGUCACACUGUCCCUAUUCAUGUUCAGAGUGCGGGAAAUCUUACUUUUCUAAUGAAAACCUUAUUGGACACCAGAUAAUUCACACUGGUGAGCGUCCUUUUUCAUGUUCAGAGUGCGGGAAAUCUUUCACUCGGAAAGGACAACUUGUGAAACACCAGAGAAGUCACACUAUGCUUUAAGUGCAAGAGUGAGUCCUCAUUUCUCCAUCCUAUCAGUGCCCUUCCCUCUGUGGCCAUACGGCUGGGUACAAGGUCCCUCUUCUUAAUGUCAGAUGUGAAUCCAAACUUUUUUAUGGAUUUGUUUAUAUGUAUUAAAGUGUUUAUGUGCGCUU